UUGCCACACCAGACCUCGAGGAGAGUAGACGCGUUUAAUCGUUAGCUCAGUCGAGAUCUCGUGCUUUUCAUAUUAUUUUUAAAUAAUAAAACUUAUAAUAAACAGUACAUAUUGUAUAUUAAACAAAUUAUUUCAAUAUUAUAUAAAUAAGUCAAUUGCUACCUAGUAGUGAUUUUAAAAUAUAAUAUUUUUUUCUACAUCUGGACAACUGUGAUCUGUGAGUUUUAUCUCAAGACAAGACUCUUAAGUGAUUGUGUUUAUUAUUAUUUUUUUAAUUAUCAUUAAAUUUAUUUUACAAGUGACAUUUGCUAAAAAAAAAUAUAAACGUCAAAUAAAAAAGAAAAAAAAAGGACAUUAAUUUUUUUUUCUCUUUGGAGUUUAAUCGCGGAAGCGCGAUAAUUUACACUUAUGGAAAUAGAUCCAUUCGAAGAUCCUCCGUAUCGACGCUUCAGACGUCGUUAUUAAACUGACAUUUAAUAAAAAAAAAAUUUUUGAGGAUUUUCGGUGGUGACUUGACGUGCGUGGGAGGUAAACUAUGAGGGUAAAUAUUGAAGUAGAUGUGAAAAGACUCGAUCGAAGGGUUUGUUGAUUAUUUGUAAAAGACUUUGGUACUGAUAAAUUUGUUGAUAGUGAAGAUAAAUAAAUAAACUUUGUUGAGGUUGGGUUGGUGUUUAGUGGAAGGACAUUCUGUUAUUGUUUUUAUUUUGGAAUUUCAGUGCAAUUAACUGUUAGACAAUUAGACGAUGGCUAUUCCGUUUAACUUGCCGUCUGAAGACGAGGCCGAGGCGCAGAGCCAACAGCUAGAGCAGCUGAUGCUGGACCUCUACGCGGCACUGCAACAGGUCCUCAGGAGUAGGAGUGCUCAGCAUCCCUCUCGCAAUCAUCGUCUGCCAAGACGAGUGGGAGACACGGGAGUAAGUCGUGAUCAUCCGAUCGUGCUGAUAGACUCGGACCUGUCGCGUCUGCCGCUCCCGGACCUGGUGUUAUCGGCGGUCCAGCAGUUGCCGUCGCCGGAACCCCAAGUAACUGUCUCGGCGCCAAGCAGCCCGACGCGGGAUGCGGCCUUCCAGUUUCCCGAGUGCAGUGCAGCGCCAGUGCCCAGUCCGAGGCCACGACCGCGGCGACGAAGACUCACGUCUGAGAGCUCUGUCCUCGAAAAGGGCGCCACCAGCAGGUCCGACAAUAUCAACAGCGUCUGCUGUCGACAUCUCGGCCACUCGUGUAAUGAAACCGAGUGGGCAAGUGUUGGCGCCAAUCUUAGAAAUAUUGCCGACGAUUUCCACGCUUCUAAGACUAAGGAUGCAGAGAUUGAAAAAUCGAGACUACCAUUUUUCGGUGCUGGAUUUCCAAGUGUUACUACAAGUAUACCAUCAUCGGACGGUUUCCUGUCAAUGUUAAUCCCGGCGCCACUACGUGAAACACUUUGGACAACAGUGGCUUUGUAUUUGGGUUGGCGAUUAGUUUCACGUCUACGAUAGAGUUUAAUAAACUUUAUCAAUCGCAUCAACUUAAACAACAUCCACAAAGGCAACAAUUACGAUUCUGACAAGUCAACAAGGUAGUUGACCAUCAUUUAUCCGUAUCCAUGACGAAACGUCAAGAGGAUCUUGCGUCACCUCGCGUAUUAUAAAUUUUUAACCAAAAUAAAAUUUACUCCGACUCGCGUAUGACGAAAUCGAUUAAUUUGAUUAAUUCGAUUAAAAAGUUAAGGUUAACAAAUACUGGCUAAGUUUAAUAAUAAUAUUAAUAAUAAUAAUAAUAGUAAUAAUAAUAAUAAUAAAUUAGUAAUAAUAAGAAUAAUAAUUAUAAAUAAUAAUAACAACAUUAAUAAUAAUAAUAAUAAUAAUAAUAAUAAUAAUAAUAAUAAUAAUAAUAAUAAUAAUAAUAAUAAUAAAAAGGAAGGGCUUAACGGGGGAGCUGAGGACGAGAUCCAAAGAGGACUUAACCCAAUAAUCAAACCAUGAUCUCAUUAUGGAUUAAACUAAGAAGGAGUCUAUAAAUAAAAAAAAAAGUAGUGUGAUUUUUUUUUGUUUUAACAAUUUAAAAUUAAUAAUACGCAUAAAGCGGGUUUUGUGAUUCCUCAAUUCUUUGUCGACGAAGAAUUGAGGAUAAUUUUGAUUAUGUCUACUCGUGAACUCAGAUUACCAGCUAUCGUGAUUAGCUUUUUUUGUUUUGUUUGAUUAGUAUGAUAAAUAUAAAUUUAAUGAUAUUUAAAUUUAACAAUUAAUAUGUAUGAUAAUUAAUAAUAAUUUUAAUAGUAAUAGUAAUAAUAAUAUUCAUAGUAAUAAUAAUAAUAAUUAUAAUGAUAACAAUAAUUAAGUAAUUUAAAAAUUUGUAUAUUUAAAUUAAAAUGAUAAUUACUAAAAUUUGAAAGUGCUCGUACUCGCGUUCCGAGUAGAAGUUUUGUAUAUAAGACUAACGGAUUAAAUUCAAAGUCGAGUGUAUUCCAAAAAUGUUAAGGAAAAUUAAAAUUAAAAGAAGAUAAAUUUAAAAAAUGUGUAAGUACACAUUUGUGGAGGAUUACGUGGAGGAGGUUUAGUUUUUUUGUAUAGAAAAAUGGAUAACUAAAGUAAUAAAUCAGUAAUAAGUCGAAUUAAAUUAUAUUAAAUUAAAUUAUAAAUUAUUAAUUAAAGGUAGAUAAUUGAUAUAUAGAAUUUCGAGGAUCGCAGCAUCUUAAUUGGCUCGCUGCGAGACCCGUGGACAGUUUUCAAAUGAUCUCCGGUAGCUUAGCUCUUAUAUUGUGGCGCCCUUGUCCACCAGCGAAUGUUCUCUUAGAAUUUGCGUUUUUCGAGACAUUCCCCUUUCCCCAACUAUUUUUUUUCUUUACUAUUAUUUUAGAGUUUUUUUUUUAAAUUAUUUCUACGCUUUCACUGUCCUUUCA